GGGGGCGCGGUUGAGACCCGGAGGCGGCGGCGCAGGAGGAAGCGCAGAAGGCCGGGCCCGGUAGGCGGGCAGCACCGCACCGCAGCCCCGGGCUCGCCAUGCUCCUGGCCUCGGCAGUGGUGGUGUGGGAAUGGCUGAACGAGCACGGCCGCUGGCGUCCCUACAGCCCAGCCGUGAGCCACCACAUCGAGGCGGUGGUGCGCGCUGGUCCCCGCGCCGGGGGCAGCGUGGUGCUGGGCCAGGUGGACAGCCGGCUCGCGCCCUACAUCAUCGACCUGCAGUCCAUGAACCAGUUCCGCCAAGACACGGGGACCCUCCGUCCAGUUCGACGAAACUACUACGACCCGUCCUCAGCCCCUGGGAAGGGUGUGGUGUGGGAGUGGGAGAAUGACAAUGGUUCCUGGACGCCCUAUGACAUGGAAGUCGGCAUCACCAUCCAGCACGCCUAUGAGAAGCAGCACCCAUGGAUCGACCUCACGUCCAUUGGCUUCAGCUACAUAAUAGACUUCAGCACCAUGGGCCAGAUCAACAGGCAGACCCAGCGCCAACGCCGCAUCCGACGACGACUUGACCUCAUCUACCCCAUGGUCACUGGCACUGUGCCAAAGGCUCAGUCCUGGCCAGUCAGUCCUGGACCGGCCACAUCCUCCCCUGCACCACCUUGCUCCUGUCCACAGUGCGUUUUGGUGAGGAGUGUCAAGGCUGCUGUGGUCCAUGGGGGCACUGGGCCUCUUCAGCCUGCAGCAGCUCGAAAGAACAUGGCGCCCCCUGGAGUGGGCAAGCUGCCCCAGCCACCUGGCCCUGGGGCAAAGCCACUAGACACCACUGGCACCAUCCGGGGCACAGGGAAGACUGGCCCAUCGCAGGUGAUCCGGAGACAAGUCUCUAAUACACCAGCUGGGGCAACUGUAGGCUCCCCCGCCAGCCCACAAGGAAGCAACAGGAAGACUGGAAGGGUGGCACUGGCCACUUUGAAUCGGUCCAGUCUGCAGCGGCUGGCCAUUGCCCAGUCCCGGGUGCUGAUUGCCUCGGGGGUUCCCACUGUGCCUGUGAAAAACUUGAAUGGGUCCAGCCCUGUUAAUCCUGCCUUGGCAGGAAUCACCGGGAUCCUCAUGAGUGCCGUGGGAUUGCCUGUGUGCCUCACUCGCCCACCAAAGCUGGUCCUCCACCCUCCCCCUGUCAGCAAGAGUGAGAUAAAGUCCAUCCCAGGGGUCGCUAACACAAGCCGCAAGACCACCAAAAAACAGGCCAAGAAAGGUAAAACCCCAGAGGAAGUGCUAAAGAAGUAUCUGCAGAAGGUCCGGCACCCACCAGAAGAGGAUUGUACCAUCUGUAUGGAGCGCCUCACAGCCCCCUCUGGCUACAAGGGCCCACAGCCUACAGUCAAGCCUGACCUGGUGGGAAAGCUGUCCAGGUGUGGCCACAUCUACCACAUCUACUGCCUGGUGGCCAUGUACAACAACGGGAACAAGGAUGGGAGUUUACAGUGCCCAACAUGUAAGACCAUUUAUGGCGUCAAGACAGGCACCCAGCCUCCAGGGAAGAUGGAGUACCACCUCAUUCCCCACUCCUUGCCUGGCCAUCCGGAUUGCAAGACCAUCCGGAUUAUCUACACCAUCCCCCCUGGCAUUCAGGGACCAGAACAUCCAAAUCCUGGGAAGAGCUUCAGUGCCCGUGGCUUCCCACGACAUUGUUACCUUCCAGACAGCGAGAAAGGGAGAAAAGUUCUGAAGCUGCUUCUCGUGGCCUGGGACCGCCGUCUCAUCUUUGCCAUUGGGACCUCUAGCACCACGGGCGAGUCCGAUACUGUCAUCUGGAAUGAGGUUCACCACAAGACAGAAUUUGGCUCUAAUCUCACUGGCCAUGGCUACCCAGAUGCCAAUUACCUGGAUAAUGUGCUGGCCGAACUGGCUGCCCAGGGUAUCUCUGAAGAUAGCACUUCCCAGGAAAAAGACUGAGGUGGGAGGGUACCAGGGACCACAGGGCAGGAAAUGGAGAGAGUCAAGGUGGAGGCUGAUGCUGUGCCUCCCGACUCCCUCAUUUCCCUUCUUGUAGUAUCCCCACCUCUCAUCCCUCUCAGUCACAGAGGGAGCUAGAUUAAGGUGAUGUCAUUCAUAAACUUCAUCCAAUGCAAACAAGAUGUGGGAUGAGGGCCAACCUCCUUCUGUACCCCCUGCUCACCCCUAUGCAGGGGUUAUGGUCAGCAUGAGGCACUCCAUAUCCUAGCCUUGUGAAGCUGAGAUCCCUCUCCUCAGCCAGCUUCUUACUGCUUCCACUCUGCUUUGAGAGUGGACUUUCUGCUUUUUCCCCUUCACAGGAGUCAGGGAGCUCUCACUGUGCAAGAUUGGGGAGAGAGGUGUAGACCGCUGGAACACAGGAAAUUGGAUGCCUUGGUGCAGAGUAAGGAAGCCGUUCAUGUUACGAGGCUCAGAUUCAAAUGCCUCUGGGAGGAGCCUGGGCCCUUCCUUUCCCUCAUCCAUUGACCUGUCCAUAGGCAUCUGAUUCUCUCAAGUGGAUGGAAGGAUUCAGGGAUUCCUCUGUAGGUGGCCUCCCAUGAUUCUGUUUCCAACCAACCCCUCUCUGAUCCAACCAGAGCCUGCAUCCCACUGAGCAUCUGCACUAUCCUCAGGGAGAGGAGCCCAUAGCCUUCUUUCCAACUCAUUUCAAACCAGCUCAGUUUCAUCAAGUCACUGUGAGUUGGAGCCCACACCAGGCUCUUUGUCAUCUGUGUGUGUGAUAUGUUUGUGUGGUUGUGUGUGCGUUACUGGGCCAGGUUAUUGGGAAAAUCCCAUCAUGUCUCUGUAGUCUGUUUCACAUGACAAAUCCCAGUUCUUUUGAGGAUCCAAUAGGAAAGGUGUGGCCCUUUGGCUUUCCUCACCCUCUGCCAGCCCAUCUCAUGAUAAACUUGGAUGGACCCCGAUGAACACAGAAUUGCACUUGGGAAGAUGUGUUGAUCCAAGAGCUAGACUGAUCUUUCUCUUUUUUUUAUUGAUAUUAGAUCAGAGCCAGCCUCCAUCCAGUCUUGUUUAUAUGAGAGCUCAGUUCAUCUCUCCGCAGAUUUGCUAAUUCAAGGCCAGAGAUGUCACUGUUCCCUGUCCCAGCCUUUUCUCCAGCCUCCAUCCAGCACAGACUGGCUAAAACCAUGGUGGCAGAAGCCUCUUUUGUUCACUCCUAACACAGUUAGGAACACAACCUGGUUUUCUCUAACCUGCAUCUGGGUGGUGUCCCAAGAUCGAAUCAGUCCCCACCCCAACAUCUCCUGAACUUUGACUCCAUUAAAGAAUGGAUUAGGUGUCAGGUAAGAGAGAAUGGAGAAUCAAGAAGGGAAACUGCUGGGCAAUGGUGGUGCAUGCCUUUAAUCCCAGCACUUGGGAGGCAGAGGCAGAGGUAGGCAGAUUUCUGAGUUUGAGGCCAGCCUGGUCUACAAAGUAAGUUCCAGGACAGCCAGGGCUACACAGAGAAACCCUGUCUCAAAAAAAACCAAAAAAAAAAUGAUAAUAAUAAUAAUAAAAGGGAGAAGGGAAACCAAUUUCCACUUUGGAAGUGGGAACUCUGUGUUUGGGAAAAGUUCCUCUGAAUGCUAUUUUGAACUUAUAUACUCCAUGUCGUGAGGGUAUAUAUAUAUAUAUAUAUAUAUAUAUAUAUAUAUAUAUAUAUAUAUAUUUAAUAAGAUUUGAAAGGUUUUGAUGCUUAGGGAUAAAAGAGAAAUUCAACAAUCUUCAACAAUGGUACUUAAUUUAGAACUGGAAUCCACACUUUCAUGCUACCCUGCACCAGAGAUGCCUCCUGUUGGCCUUCCACCAUUGAUAUUACUGUGGCCAGUAGAAUCACCUAAGUGUCCCUAACCCAGUUCCCUGGUGCUGACUUUUCUUUUCACUCUACAAAUGGCUAAUGGGAUUUUAAUUGCCUCCCAGAGGGGGAGCAAUGAUAGGAGGGACUGUUCGGUCCAUCUUAGUCCAACCCGUUCCAACAAUGGGAGGCCAUUUUGUCUCCCUAGCAGAGCAGAAGAUUGUUGAGUUCACCAAAACUUGGUGAAAACUUCUGCCAAAGUAGAGAAGGAUACACCAGAAGUAAGCGGAAGGCACGUAUCCAUGAGAGUUAACGUCACACCCUUUUAUCAGGCUACUACAUUUCAGAGAUAAUCGGACCCUCAUUGAGGGCACACAAUCAUUUUUGCCUUCCGUACCCUGUGAACCUACCUUUCCUGCUUCUUGGCAACAAGGAUGAGAAAUUACACCGGGAGUCCAUGGAUAGGAAAAUGAAGCAGUGUAAAGGAAAGGAAUGAAAACAGGUGUGGAAUGAGAUGUGGGCGUGGCCAGCGGGGGAUGUUUUCAGGGAGCAUAGCAGGAGGCAGAGGAGGAGCCCAUAAGGACGCCUCGGGGAGUGACUGUUCUAGAAGAAAAACCGUUUUGAGGGUUCGUCUUCAUGCCUUCAAGAAUUCACCCAGAGAACUUUAAAUUGUCCAUGCCUCAUUCCCUUCUUCCCUGAGGAUGCUCUGAGAGGCUACCUCACCCUCAAGCUUCACUAAUCUCAACAAUGUGUGGCUCAAAGCAGUGGCCGGUACCUUACUCUUUCUCUUGUGCCAACCGAAAAAGAUACAGAAUUGAUUUCACUGAGAUUAGACCCUAGGCACGAGCGAAGUUGACCCAGAGUGCUUCCCCUAGGGAAGCCCUGGUAUGCUCUACCGGGCCAUGCAGGGCCCCCCCAUGCUUUUCCUGUCACAAUCUCAGCACCAGCAGCCAUGCUUUCCCUUCGUGAGACUCCGGGGGUGACAAAUGGGAUUGGAGACACACUUUACGAGAUGCUUAACCCCUGAAAAGCUGUGUGGUCUGUCUGUGGUUGUCUGUGCCUCUGUGCUUCCUUCCCCUCUCCUUUUUGUAAGAUUCAGACUUCUGUGUGAUUUUAUACUUGGGUCAAAAGCACUUGUCCUGGUAUCUCACUGUUGUGUGCAUGAGAGGAUUGGGAGAAGGCUGCUGUGCCCCAAGAAAUAACCACUGCCCCCCCUUUGCUUGUUGGUAGUCACUUAUAUCUCAGUGGGGGUUUCUGGGAGAGGCCUGGUGAAUGUCCAGAUGUCAGGUGUUCUGUUUGUAACUGCUGUGAUUUGAAGUUGUUGGUGUUGUUCUGUGGGAGGACAUUGCCCCCUGGUGCUCAUGAGGUGUAUGUGCAGAACAAUAAACUGCAAAUGAACAAGCACAGAUUGUUGUUACUCCUAA